GGGACUCUCUGACCGUUACCGACCAUUUACGACCUGGUAGUGUGCGCAUAAAUCUGCUCUGUGUAAAUAAUCGUUUAAACUCAGAUUUAAAGUCCCAAGAACUUUGGGACAUCGAUUCAGGCUACCUUAAAGACUUUACAAUGAAGUCUACUAAGAUCCCCUCCGUCAUCAUCUGCCUCAUGGUAUCCUUACAACAGUCAGGUGCCGAGGAUGCUCAAUCCUCCUCCCCACCCACCUCAUUACCACCAGGUCAUCUCAAACCCUUGGCUUCCGAGGCUACCCGUCUCCCCGUCUCAGUCAUCCAGGACUUCCCUUCCCCUUACGAGUUCUUCCGCAGCUAUGUCUACCCCUCCGUCCCCGUCAUCAUCAAACAAGGAGCGAGGCGUUCGCCAGCCUUCCAGAAAUGGACCGACAAGUACCUGAAGAGCUUGCCCGAGUCCCAGCAGCUGAUCAGAGUGGAGAUGCGGAAGGUUGAGGAAAGACAGUUACCGAGGAUGAACAUGCCCUUCGCUGAAUUCCUGGACAGAUACCAAACCACUGAUGAGUACCUUGUCGCAAGAGUCCCAGAUUUCUUAAAGAAAGACGUGCUGAUCCCGCCAUCUUUGCAUUGUACUAACGUCACUGCUAAUUUGCUGGAAACAAUGCUCUGGUUUAGUAGCGGAGGUACCAAGUCCCAUGUACACAUCGACUACGUGGAUAUUAUUAACUGUCUGUUCAGGGGCCAGAAAGACUUCCUUCUCGUCAACUACACCCGCUACAGACAACAGAUUGUGUUCGACCAUCCAGAAGGCUUCUACUCGAGUGUAGACGUGGAACGAGUCGACUUGAACAAGUUCCCUGGAAUGAGAAACCUGGAGUUUCAUGAAGCGAAAAUGCAAGCUGGCGACUGCAUCUACCUUCCGUUCAAAUGGAUUCAUCAGGUGAAUUCCUUCGGUAGCAACGUUGCAGUCAACAUCUGGUGGAAUCACCAGGCCUACGUCGUGCCUUCCUCGGAGUCAUGCGGCAUGAUGGACCCGGGACUCUCGCUGGCCGAUGUCAGCUUCCCAUACCACGACCAGACGAACGGUGACAUUCAAUCGGAUAUCCAUCCAGAACUAGAUUUCGUCAGAGACCCGUCGGCAACUUUGACGAUAUUCAUGGAUGAAAAGGAGACAGAUUCUUUGACAGAGGGGCAGUUUCUCGAAGUCAUGGAAACGAUACUUCCAAGACUGGACCUAGACGACAUCUGGACCGAGGAAGCUUCAGAUGCCGCUCAACAGAUUUUCCAGAUACUUGAUGCUGAUGGUGAUGGCAAGAUAACGUCACGUGACACCGACACGUUUCCUGUAGAAAUCAACAAGUUCGACUCCUUUUCCAUUAAUCUUGGGCAGAAGAUGAUGAUCUUAGGCGACAUCAUUGACGGUCAGAUUUCGAAACAAAGACAGGAGAUUUUGAGAAAGCUUGAGAAAGACAUUCCAGAAGAUGGUAACACACUGUCACGUGACCACAGCAGCAAGUUAAGAGGAGCCCGUGAUCAGACUUCAAUGUCUAAACAGGAAUUGUAAUAAAUUACAGACACGUUCCCCAAAUAAUUUGUUUUAUAAUUGCUAUGUUCUUAGUUUAAAAAAAUUAUUCACUUUUAAUAAUUCAAAUUAUUAGCUGCCAGACAAUAGUUCCACUCUGCAGGGCAGGUUCAUUUGUGCGCAAAAUAAAGCCGUUUUCAGAGGGUUACAAAAAGCCCAAAAAGUCUCACGAUAAAGUAUAGUGUUUUUGUUUUCGAUAAAAAUAUAAUAAACAAGUAUUGACAAUUUGUUACGAGAAAAAAAACUUCAACCAACGGGAUAUGCAAAUUAAUGCAUUUUGAAUUUCUCUUGAAAACCUUAAUAACUGUUACUUAUAUAUUCUUGCUACUUGUUCAAUCUUUUUAUGAGAAAGCAUUUCAGAUGACCCGAAAAAGGUAACAUUUUUCUCAAAAUCGUCACUUACUCGUUCACUAUUUUAGGCUUCAACAAUUUCAAUUUCCCCGGCUUUUUGUCAGAUUUUUCUUUUGAUCACGGGAAUGCUAUUCAGAAUUGGUCAUGGGAAGUGCCAAGCCUUCCCGAAAAUAUUUUUUGUUUACGCAUGGUGUGUGGGUGGGACAUAAUGCAAUUUCUAAACCUUCAUGAGUCAUACAGUUUGUACAAAGCAGUUACAUGAAGAAUGGGUAACAAAAGUUUGGCUUUCUCUAUUCGAUUUGGAGCCACACAAUACUGUAGAAUCCGGAGUUAUGGAGAGUACAUUGCACUAAUCGUGCAUUCUAUAACGAGCCGAAAUCGAAAGUACCAUAAACAAAAUUGCUAAGAAUCUAGAACUCAGUUAGCCUGGCCUUGGUCGCAAGCGUUCGGCGGUAGUGUCCGAUGAUCGAUGGUCAGUGCAUUGUGCGUGGCCAACCAUUGAUCAUCGGACUCUAUCGUCGAACGCCUUGUACCAAGGCAAGAACUCAUUGUGCGGGUCUGUCAUAUCCAUAUGCAAUGCUACCAUUAAGUUACAACAAAUAAAACAGUCUUAUCUUUCACGAUCUCAGCACGCGGGUCUAGUCUGUGAAAGAUGUAUGGUGUGAAUUCUAAGGAUUAAUCCAGUUAAAAAUAACCUCUGAUGAGUUGUGUAUGUAAACUACGUAGCGUCUGAAAAUAUUAUCAAAAGUUUCACGUUAGCUCAAUUAAUCAUGCUUUUAACUUUGUUUCAUCUUUAAACUCCGAAUUAAAUUUUGCAGAGACCUUAUAGUAUUGUAUAAUUGUAUUUUCAUUAUACAAUAGAUCCUAAACUUUUUGGCAUUGUAUACACAUUGUAUAAACCUACAAUUUUACGAAGUGGCCUGCGUGAUUUUUUUAAGUACACAGAAUGUAGGGCUUUCACCUGCGGAUGACAUUAAUACUUCUGACAUUGAGGAAUACAUGAACUUUUGUAUUUGUUUAUUCAUUAUUUAAUACAUGUAUAUCUAAUUUUAAGAUGUUUUAGGUUAUCUUCACCACCUUAUUUCGCAACUAGCAAGGUUUAUUUGGUGAAUUGAUUAAUUAUUAAAACGCAUGAGGGCGCUAUGUACAUAGCUCCGUCACAUGAUGCCUUCAGUACAUGUGUCUUGCACAUAAUUAUGUGUUCGAUGGGAGAAAGAAACAUUAUAGAGCUUUUAUACUGUUAUUUGAAUCUUUAUACAUGGUGGAGCUCAUCAGGGCUCGUGAAAUUGAGUCAACCACGUCUCCUAUUUUGUGUACAUAUUUAAUUUUUAUUGUGUGCAUAUCACUUACAUACUCAGUGAUUGAACCCAAUGAAUGAAUUGUUUUUCAGCCAAAGUUAUGUUGAUUUGGAUGUUUUGUGUACGCUGACGAUUAGAUAAUUUUGGGGCUUUAUUUUAUUUUUGGCUAAUUCAGGCAAAACUCUGCAGAAAUGCACGAUGGUAAAUUUUGUUUUAUUAUAAACUCAUUUAAAUCCUGUAAAUCUAAAUUAUGUUGAAAUAAAUUCAUGUCUGACAGCAUACUGCAUUAA